CAAAAACACGGAAGCUCCUUACAUGCAGAAGGUAACAAACAGACACCACCCCGCUGUUAACUCGUCUCAAAACGCGUUUAAAGUAGUUGUAACCGCCUUACAUUAGUUUAAGUGUAAUAUUUUACUUUAUUUCGGUGGUGACAGCUUGUGAGCGAUGAAGGCUGCCGCGUCGUUUAUGCUUCUGUAGCUGAGCUGCUUCUGUCGCAUUGAAAACACUGAAAACAAAGUGUUAGCAAGCUAACUAGCAGCCGAGGAAGAUGCCUGCUCGCAGUGUUGUGUCCCAGGGGAUUUCCAACAGCAAAGUUAGGUACUCCAGGUUAGCCACUGAUGAUGACGGAUACAUUGAUUUACAGUUCAAAAGGAGCCCACCCAAGGUCCCAUACAAAGCCAUCGCUCUCGCCACUGUCCUCUUCUUAAUCGGCUCUCUGUUGAUCAUCAUCGGCGCCCUUCUCCUGGCCGGUUACUUCGGCGUCACUCACUCAGACCGAACUGUGCCCGUCCUCAUCAUCGGGAUCCUCGUCUUCCUGCCUGGAAUUUACCACCUACGGAUAGCUUACUAUGCAUCAAAGGGCUACCCAGGGUACUCCUAUGAUGAUAUCCCAGACUUUGAUGACUGAGCUACACCACAGCGUCAGCCUCAGUCCUGCUGUGCUAACAUGAAAUCAUACACUGUGCUGCUUGUGCUGAAUUUAAGGUAGUAAUACCUUUAAAGAAAAUGAUGUCUCAUCAUUCCUCUUAAUUAUAGCGUUCCUCUGGAGGAUUUGUAUGCCUCCGUAGAAAUUCUACGCUGCUGUUAAGAAACCAGAUCAGUAUAUUGUUUCAUUUGUACAUUUGUUUUGUUAGCUUGAUGAAUAAUAAACCCAUAUUUCCUUUUUUUUAUUUGUACUUGGCCAUUUUUGCCAUUAUCAUUUACAUCAUCAGUAAUCACAGAGAGAUGGUAUUUACCAAAUGUUUAAAUCAUGUUAAAGCUCAAAUGUCAGAUCAUGGCCUCUUACUGGGAUAAUGUGUUUUAGGUUAUAUGUAGAGGACAGUAACCACUAUGGUAGCAUAAACGUAUUAAAGUAAUAAUUUCAGUUUUUUUUCCCUCCAAAACAGAAUCAAAUCAUGUGUAUGCCAAAUAAAACUGACAUUUUAUUCAGUG